ACAGCGCGUCCCCGCAUCUUGACGGCGCUAAUUUGGAUAGUUCGUCAAUCAGGAAUUCCUCUGGGAAUAACUCCGGUUUAUUUUACAUGUGUGGACGCACGGGGUUGUCAAGCAUUCGGUUAGCAAUGGAAACCACCUCGGCAAAACGGGUUUCGUGACUUGUUGAAGGAGCAGGAGCUGGUUCCGGUGGAGAUAUUUUGUGCUGUCAGGAAGUUUGUCGUAUUCGGUUGAAGAACGUUUCUCGGUUUGUUUUUUGAUGUGGAAAGCUGCGGGCAAGCUAACUCUUUAUCUCCCUAAACCCAGGAAAAAUUGUAUUAUUAUAUUCCUGAUUUAAGUAUGACUCGUUAAACAUUCCUACUUGAAAGUUUAUAUCCAGCUAACAUACAUUAGGUCGUCUUACAGACACUGAACCUCUCGUAGUACUAAAGGAUCAACGGUCAGAUAGGCCCUGGAGUAUUUAUGUUGCGAUUCGACAGAGAAAUAAUUCAAAAAUAUUGAACAAGUCUUGGCAACAAGGACGAGGAAAAUCUACAGAUUUCGCAGGAAGGCAGGCUAUCAUAAUCACGGAAACUGUACGGUUUUCCUCCCCCUUUUUUUUUUUUUUUUUUUGGAGAGCUCACAAAUGGAUUUAAUAAAGGCAACACGUCAACUGUUACACUUCAUCUGGUAGUUUUUCCACACGUUUAUGGGACUUGAGCUUUUGUCAGGAAAGCCUGGGAGAAUAGGGAUUCAGUGACUGCGCCGAUCAUGUUUUGGAAAUUUAAGUUUUCCAAAGAUCCGAGGCUGCAGCGGCCUCAGCUGGAGCAGUUAGAUGUAGGGUUUUCCAUAUAGAAAGAUUUUGUGUGUUGAGUUCCAGGUUCCUUUAAAAAGUACCUCGAAAGACUCUGUUAGUGUGUUUGUGUUGUUAACCUUCCGUGGAAGAAGACAUACCCCCCACCCUGUACUUGGGGGGCGUCCAGCCCCUCCAUGGUGCCUUAACUCUCGCACCUUCUCCCGGGUGUUUUGGUCUGACCGAGGCCGUCGAUGGACGUCGACACCUCCAGGAAAUAUUACUCCACCACCGCCCCGAAACGCCGGUGACCGGGUCAGCUCCAAGCGGGAGGGGUUCGUUUUACCUGACAGGCUGUGGGUGGUCUGGCACAUCAGAGACAUCAGCCUGAACGCUGGUCUGCGGACCACGCACGCACAACACUGCCACAAUGAAUGAGAGGCAGGCUCUCCACUCUAUAAUGAAGGACCUGGUUGCCCUCCAGAUGACACGACGGCAGCCAGUGUUUACCCACGACAGCGACAAACCAAAGACAUCAGCACAGGCAAACAGACAGGACGAUGUCAGGAUAAAGUUUGAGUACUCAGGAGAGAAGAGGAUCUUGGUGUUUGGAAGGCCUGUGCAGUUUGAGGGAAUUCAGGAAAAAGUAAAGAGUGUCUUUGGCCAGCAGCUGGAGCUCCAUUAUUUGAACAACGAGAUGUCCAUUCCUCUACGAGGCCAAGAUGACCUGGACAAGGCAAUAGACCUGCUUGACAGAAGCUCCUGCAUGAAGAGCAUCAGGAUAAUGCUUCUUUCUCCAGAGCACAGCAAUGCCUCCUCCAACUCUCAUCCUGUACCAUGUAAGCAGGUGAGGAUCAAGGCCUCCCACUCCACUGGAGACGUUAGCACGGUUUACCAAUCCUCUGAACCCAGAGGGCGCCACCUAUCGACAGGUUCUCAGAACACAGGUCGAAGUUCACCGCCUCCUGGAUACGUGCCUGAAUGCCAGCAGAGGAUUGCCCGGCAGGGUUCUUACACCAGCAUCAACAGUGAGGGGGAGUUCAUCCCAGAAACCAGUGAUCAAUGUGUGCUGGAUCCCUGGAGCAGCGCAGAAAAUUCUCUUUCCGGAAGCUGUCAGUCUCUGGACAGCAACUCAGAAAGCCCAUCAGUGAGGAAGUCUCGCAUGCACAGAGCCAAAAGUUACCCAGAUAAUCGACAAGAGUUCUCAGACCGAGAGAAUCAUGUGUAUGACAGGGUAGCAGGGAAGGGAGGCACCUAUCCUCGCAGGUAUCACGUUUCCCUGCAUUACAAAGACCACAGUGAAGGUCGGCGAACUUUUCCACGUAUUCGGCGACCCCAGGGAAACCUGUUUACGUUGGUGCCCUCAAGACGAUCGCUCAACGGCAGCGAGGAGAGUCUAGGCAGCUGGCAGCAGGUCGACACACAAGGCAGGCUGCGUCCACAUGAUCGUUCUGUCGCCCACAAGUCACCCAGUGCCCCGGUGACGUGGCGUCGGGGGAAGCUUUUGGGCCAGGGUGCGUUUGGCCAGGUUUACCUCUGUUACGAUGUGGAUACGGGCAGAGAGCUGGCUGCCAAGCAAGUCCGGUUUGAUCCUGGAAGUCCUGAGACCAGCAAGGAGGUUAGUGCUUUGGAGUGUGAAAUCCAGCUUCUAAAAAAUCUACAUCACGAGCGCAUCGUCCAGUACUACGGCUGUUUGAGAGACCACAAUGAGAAAACUCUCACCAUCUUCAUGGAGUACAUGCCAGGGGGUUCAGUCAAAGACCAGCUGAAAGCUUAUGGGGCCCUGACAGAAAAUGUUACCCGGAAAUAUACAAGACAGAUUCUGGAGGGAAUGUCCUAUCUGCACAGUAACAUGAUCGUGCAUAGAGACAUCAAAGGUGCCAAUAUCUUGCGGGAUUCAGCAGGAAACGUGAAGCUUGGAGAUUUUGGUGCCAGUAAAAGGCUGCAAACCAUCUGCAUGUCUGGAACCGGCAUCCGCUCUGUGACCGGCACCCCCUACUGGAUGAGUCCAGAGGUGAUCAGUGGAGAGGGCUACGGCAGGAAGGCUGAUGUCUGGAGCCUUGGUUGUACUGUGGUUGAGAUGCUCAGAGAAAAGCCCCCGUGGGCAGAAUUUGAGGCCAUGGCGGCGAUAUUUAAGAUCGCCACCCAACCAACAAAUCCGCUGCUCCCCCCGCGUGCCUCUGACCAGGCUCGGGACUUUAUCCGCUGCAUCUUUGUGGAGGCCAAACACAGACCAAGUGCCGAGGAGCUGCUCAGGCAUCCUUUCUCCCAAAUACAGUGCUGAGACGUGCUCCGAUCUUGAACUGCCCCUGCAGUGUAGCACUGGCGCCACUCUGAACAAAGUAUAGACCUGUGAGUAACAGCAGUGUAAAGUUAAAACUCACCAUUAUAUGCUUCAAAGGAGACCCAGUCUUCCCUCACAGAAACGCUUAAAACUGAAAUUAUUUCCUUUCAGUGUGUGCUGUUCUAAUAGUUUCCACAAGGGGGAAAGACAGAUUUACUUCUGAGGCUGCUUAUCUUAACACAAAACUCACUUCAGCAUUAUCAAGUCACGGUUCAUGCACCAGUAUUGACCAUUUUUGUUUACAUUUAUUUUGUUGCAGUUAUAAAAAAAAAAAUGCAUGGAAUCCUUAAAUUGUCCAACAUACAAACCGAAGGCUGUGCACUGUUCUGCAGCAGGCUUAAACAUCAAGUGUGACAAAGAGGUUUUCUGCCAAAAACCUCUCAAACUUUAGAUGAUACUUUAAGCUACUUCAGCCUUUCUUGUUGUCAGCCUCUCCAGAUCAAGACAUAUUAAGGUAUUAAAUCCAGUAAGCUCUUCUUUGUUAGUGUCCUGAAUAAGGUGUAAUGCACCAAAGCUAGUGGGACCAGAAAUUAAUUCUAUGAAUUAUUAUGUUUCUGCAGACAUAACCCCUAAACCUUCUAACUGUGGGUAGCAUCGCUUAAAAUAAUCAAGACUCUGUGCCUUUCCUCACAGCUGUAUCUUUCUAAUAGUGGCAACAAAACCAUAAUUGUUUUCCUGAAACGUCAGAGCUAAAGUAUUCGGAUAAAAUAAAUGUCUUUAAAAACAAUCAAGUAUUUAUUUAUAUAGUAUUCUUUCCUUUUUGCCCUAAGAGUAAUUCUAGAAAACGACGGAAUCAAAUUAAUACUUUUAAUUUUUAUCACCUUAACAAAAGCACUUAAUUUGAAAUGCACCAAUGGCAAAAUACACAGGUUUUUAUAAUGUAGCUGUUUCCACCUUUAAUGUGAUGUAUAACUUGUAUAAUUCAAGUGAAAAAAAAAAAACCAACAUACAUAAAAAUGUGUUAGAAAGGUUAAAAAGAUAUAAUAACCUGGUUGCACAAGUGUGCACACCCUUAAAGGCCUACCUGCUGAAGCACUUCCUGAUUAAGUUUCAGUAUACAGUCCAAAUGAAUGUUGAAUCCUAAAAGUCACAUUAUGGGUGCGAAAUGGUUUUUCACGGUCUGAUUAUUUUAGAUCACAAAAACCUGGCAUUUUAAUGAGUGUUUACACUUUUAAGAGCCACUGUUUGAGUUGGCCUGAUUGUCAAUACUGAAUGUUUUAUAGGUGUUACAGGGAAGUAGUAACAUAAUUAUUAUUAAUAACUCCCAGUUAAAAUACUGUUUCAGCACUUUUUAGAACAUUAUCACUGUAUCAAACCUUUAAUAUUUCAGAAGUAGGUUAAAAUGAAAUAAUUUUUAGUUUUACAGUAACAUAAUGCCCUCAGGUUAUGUCAGUCCCAAUAUUUCUGUGGAGGUCUAAAUUAUAGCACAUUUCACUACAGCCAAUUUCAUCUCUUAGCUCUCCAUUAUACCAUCUGACAAAGUGCCAAAAUGUUGACAUGUAAAAAAAAUGUUUGAUUUAAAAAAAAAAAAAAAAGAUACUUCUAGUUUUGUACAAACUGAAAAGCCUUAAAUGGAAAAACACAUUUUUAUUUGUUUUUGUCUUCAUUGUGUGCCUGGCCCAAACAUCAUCGACUGAUAAUCCUUACUUUAGAUCACUUUCAAUCAGAUGCACUUUUUUAAUAACUGGAUUUUGUUGGGCUCUGUUCAAAUUAGUGUUUUUUUGUUGUUUUGUUUUUACUUUCAAUGUGAAAAUUAUUUUACUUUUAUUUAUAGCCCCAUGGCAUCCAAGUCUGAUGUUAUAAGAAAAUACACAUAUCUAUUUUUAUAUUUUGACUGUAUCAAAUCUGUUGAUAAUUUGAUGCCUUUAAAAUCAUAGAAAGCAGCUGGUUUUGCAGACAUUUCAGAAUUUCAUGUUACAACUUAAACGUGGGGUGGGGGGUGAACUCUGGCUGCCAGGCUCUUACUCCAGUGCAAAAUAUAAAACACGCAGCCUACGUUGUUCAUUAGAAGAACAUUAUUGCGUGGCAGUUUAUGGAAACCUUACACUAAAGCUAGUAAUAAAUGAUGCUCCAAUUAGAACUGUGAGGAUGAUUUGGCUUUUGUAAACCUUUGACCUGCCGAUUCUGUUUUCACAAGAACUCUAGGAAUGUGUAAGAAUAGCUUUCAGGGUGGUUUUCUAGCUCUCUUGCUGUAAGCAGUGGUUAAUCAUUCAUAUUAGAUUACAUUAUUGACAUAUAUUAUUUAUAUUAGAAACAGGCAUCAGCAUGCUGUGUUAGAAAACAAUCAUUUUAAAAUAAAACUAUGGUUACAAAGUUUGCAUUUUAAGCUGCUUUAAGCAUCUCAUGUUAGUGAUUAGCACCGAUGCCAUAAACCAACUCGCUUUGUGUUUUUACUAGCGAAUGUAGUGCCUUACCUUUUACUCUUAAGAUUUUCAAAAGAUAAAAAGAGGAUAAAUCACAGAAACGUUGCUGAAUUAUGUUCAUCCUUCCUGUUAUCACCUCGAGUUUUGCUAUCUUGGUAACUGCAGACAUUGCUCGACAUGUUGCAGAACUUUAUGCAUCUCUGUUCUCCCUCUGACUUCAUGUUAAACACUCCACUGAUGCUAAAAAUUGCUAGCAUUGACAUUCUUCCCUUAGUUACAAGUUGCACAUGGAAAUGUGUUGUUGUUACCUUGACUUGGUGCAUUUACGUUCUGAGUUUCUGAGUCACCACAAAAUCCACAGAUCAGUCUCCAAAAGAUUUCUCAGUGCAUCUCUACCACUCCUUUAUCACAUGUAAAUCAAACCUUAUCAGGCUUUAUUUGAAAAGUGGGUUUUCAGUGUUUUUUAAACAUGAAAAUUGUAGGCGUGUGAGUGAGCCAAAGACAAGCUGGAGCAGAGCCGGCGCUGGAUGUCAGAUUUCACUCUCCAACCCACGUGACGACUUUGUUCUCCCCGGGGUUCAGACGACACAUCCAGCAUUAAAUUAUGUUCUGGGCAAAGGGCUUUUAAUAUGGGGCUGCUUCACCGUAAAGGCUGCUAAAUAAUAUUAAAUAUGAGUCUUUUAUUUAAGUAAAGGAACCCUGGGAUAGGCAAAGGCAUACAAGCUAGUUGUUAGAAAUCUUUAUACAUAUCCGAAUGUAGAGUAUGUGAUGUUUCAUGACAAGACUUGCGGUGCAAAGUCGAAUGUAUCAAAGCCAAUUUACUGCUAGAAAACCUUUUGUUUUUUGAAUGUAUGUCAUGACUUUUCUCAAAAAUAAAUAUAUUUUAAAAGUA